UAACUUCUAAACCCUUUACCCACUAACCUAAUCCUCCCCUUUCCCAUUACCACCAAACUUCCCACAACUACCAAAAGAAAAAAAAGGCCACAACUACCUCUACUUCGAUUUUGCACCAAAGUUCCAUCCAUUAAUCGCAUACAUAUAUAUAUAUAUAUAUAUAUAUUCUUGAUCCUUUAAAUCAAUACAUCAGACAGAUUGAGCAGAAGCCGAGGUUGAAGAAAGAUGUCUGAAUCAGCAAACUCGAAGCUUCACAUAGCAAUGUACCCAUGGGUAGCCAUGGGCCACAUCAACCCCUUCAUCCUCCUGGCCAAUGAGCUCGCGAAACGUGGCAACCCUGUCUCCAUCCUCAUCCCCAAGAAAGCCCUCCAUCAGCUCGGCCACGUGUCCCUCUACCCCGACCUCGUCAAAUUCCACGUCAUCUCCAUCCCCCAAGUCCCCGGCCUCCCCCCGGGGGCCGAGACCGCCUCCGACAUCGACAUCACCGCCAAGAACCCGCUCGCCAUAGCCUUCGACGCCACCGCCGCCCAAGUCGCCGCCAUCCUCGCCGGAAUCCGCCCCGACAUUGUCUUCUACGACUUCGCCGAUUGGAUCCCCGACUUGGGCCGCGAAAUCGGGUUCAAGACCGUCUGCUACAACGUCAUCUCCGCGUCGGUGAUGUCGAUCGGAAUCGUCCCCGCCAGACAUUUCCCGAAAGACCGCCGCCUGACGGAGGAGGAGCUCCGGCAGCCGCCGGAAGGGUAUCCCUCCUCCACGGUGGUGCUCCGCGGCCAGGAGGCCCUGACUCUGUCCUUCAUCUCCACGGACUACGGCGCCACCACUUUCGACGUCCGCAUCGCCGCCGCGAUGCGCGGCUGCGACGCCAUCGGCAUCCGCACCUGCCGCGAGCUGGAGGGCCCGAUGUGCGAUUACCUCUCGGCCCAGUACAACAAGCCCGUUAUCCUAACCGGGCCGUACCUGCCGGAAAGCCCGAAAGAGCCAUUGGAGGAGAAAUUUAACAAUUGGCUAAACAAAUUCCGACCAAAAUCGGUAGUCUACUGCGCGUUCGGUAGCCAAAUGAUCUUAAAAAAGGACCAAUUCCAGGAGCUCGUCCUCGGAUUCGAGAUGACAGGGCUGCCAUUCUUCAUCGCCCUGUCGAAGCCCGAGGGGGCCGACUCCAUGGAAGAAGCUCUUCCGGAGGGGUUCUCGGGAAGGGUGGGGGGGAGGGGGGUGGUCGAGGGGGGGUGGGUGCAGCAGACGCAGAUCCUGAGGCACCCGUCGGUGGGGUGCUUCGUGAGCCAUUGCGGGUUCGGGUCGAUGUGGGAGUCGGUGCUGAGCGAGAGCCAGAUCGUGGUGGUGCCGCGGCUGGCGGAUCAGAUUCUGAACGCGCGGCUGCUGGCGGCGGAGCUGAAGGUGGCGGUGGAGGUGGAGCGCGGCGAUAUGGGGUGGUUCUCGAAGGAGGAUCUGAGCAGGGCGAUCAAGAGUGUGAUGGAUGAGGGGAGUGAGGUGGGGAAAAUGGUGAAGGAGAAUCAUGGAAAGUGGAGGGAGAGGUUGCGCAGGGAUGGGUUCAUGGAUAAUUACAUCGACGGCUUUAUCCAGGAGUUGCAGAAGCUUUAGGGUUCAUUACAUUUUUGUGAUGCAAGGGAUUUGAUGACAUUGUUGUACCUUGUAAUUUGGUAUAAAGGGCAGAGGAUGUAUAGACAAAGAACUAUGUUUCGGAUACCUUAUCAACAGAGGAUACGAUUCGAUAAAUUUAAUUUGAUAGUGUAUUUUGUGAAAAAUAAUUACUUUUAGUUGAAAUUUGGAAUUUGUUAUUUUGUUCAUUAUGUCGUUUCUAAUAGAUAUAUACAAGGAGCGGUUAGGGUGUAAAUCAAAAAUAUCAGCAUUUGUAAUAUAUACUGUCAGUUUAUGUGCUAUA